ACUUUCUUCUUCUAGCCAUUUCUGUGAAAUUCAAAGAGAGAGAGAAAAUGGUGAAGUUUCUAAAGCCAAACAAGGCUGUUAUUGUUUUGCAGGGUCGUUAUGCUGGCCGGAAAGCAGUGAUCGUCCGGGCAUUCGACGAUGGAACGAGGGACAAACCAUACGGCCAUUGCUUGGUUGCAGGGAUCUCCAAGUACCCGAAGAAGGUGAUCAGAAAGGAUUCAGCUAAGAAGACUGCUAAGAAAUCUCGCGUCAAGGCGUUCAUCAAGCUUGUUAACUAUAACCAUAUCAUGCCAACUCGAUACACACUUGAUGUAGAUCUUAAGGAUGUCGUAACCUCAGAUUGUCUUCAAUCUCGUGACAAGAAGGUCACCGCCGCUAAGGAGACCAAGGCUCGUCUUGAGGAGCGAUUCAAGACAGGAAAGAACAGGUGGUUCUUCACCAAGCUAAGGUUCUAGAUUAAUUUGUUUUACUCUUCCUUGUCUUGUUAGGAGGAAGAAGAAGAAGAUGUUUUUUUUAGUUUUUAUUUAAAUCUGGAUCAAAUUUUGCUUCCUGUUUUAAUAUUGAAGGAUUGAUUUUCUUAACUGUUUCUGAAUAUCAUAUGAUUUGCUAUGUUUGUUUUCAAUGAUUGAGAUA